AUGGAUUCACCAAAUCACGAAACUCUCAAACCUACGUCAGAAGAGCUCUAUCCGAUUGCUUUAUUAAUGGAUGAGCUUAGGCAUGAUGACGUUGCCAGCAGAGUGCAGGCUAUGAAACGGUUGGACACGAUUGCCAUUGCAUUAGGACAGGAGAGGACUCGCAAAGAAUUGAUUCCCUUCCUGGAUGACGUUAUUCCGGAAGAUGAGGAUGAAGUGAUUGCCGUUGCUGCGGAAGAGUUGGGAAAGUUUGUACCAUAUGUCGGUGGCCGCGAACACGCCAUUAUACUAAUGCCUGUCCUCGAAAAAAUCGCUGCGUGUGAGGAGCCAAUAGUUAGAGAUAAAGCAGUUGACUCCCUGAAUGCUAUUAGUGAGGAAUUAGAUGAAACUCAGAUAUUACAGGAGUUCAUCCCAUUGAUUCAAAGGCUAGCGAAGGAAAGAUGGUUCUCGUUACAUAUUGCAGCAACUGGUCUAUUCAAAAGUGUUGUUGUCAGAGUUCCUUCGGAAACUAGACUAGAAUUGCUAAACCUUUACCACGAGCUGAUUCAGGACGAUUCUCCUAUGGUGAGGAAAGCCGCAGCAACGCAUUUGCCUAAACUGAUUGAUAUUUUGGCAGAACAUUUCAAGACGCCAGAAAACAUCAAUGAGUUUCAUUGGGACCUUGUCACUUCCAUGUAUGAAUCUCUGGUGAACGACAAUCAAGAUUCUGUGAAAUUUUUAUCUGUUGAUGUGUUGAUAGCAAUCCUUGCGUUUUUGAGUGAGAUAAAUGAAACGUCUCACAAUGAGGAUCUCUUCAAAAGCUUGCUCACACUAGCCAGUGAUCCUAGUUGGAGAGUCAGAUAUAUGGUCGCAGAUAGAUUCGAAAAACUGGUGAUUAGUUUCAAUGAUGAACAAUACACGUUAAAAUUGGUUUCAAACUUGAUUUCCUUGAUGAAGGACAAUGAAGCUGAGGUUCGAAAAGCGAUUGCAAAACAGCUCCCUGGUGUUUGUAAAUUGGCAAACUCAUGCGACCCCUCCAUUGUGUUGACAAGUAUCGUUCCCGUUGUUUCUCAGCUCAGUAUGGAUGAAUCAGAAACGGUGAGAAGUGCAUUGGCGAGCGAAGUUACAGGAUUAGCCCCUAUUCUCGGUAAAGAUGCUACUAUAGAACACUUGUUGCCAAUUUUUGUUGAGAUGUUAAAAGAUGACUACAGCGAGGUGAGACUGAAUAUCAUUUCUAAUCUUCAGCUUGUGAACGAGGUCAUAGGUAUACAGCUUUUGUCGGAAUCUUUACUGCCAGCCAUCACUGCAUUGGCUAACGAUAAACUUUGGAGAGUCAGGUUGGCCAUUAUUGAACAAAUUCCCCUUUUGGCUGAACAACUGGGGGUUGCAUUUUUUGACGAAGCUCUGGGGCAGCUUUGUAUGGAGUGGUUAUGGGAUCCCGUUUAUUCUAUCAGAGAAGCGGCAGUUCUAAAUUUGCAGAGUCUGACAAGGUUCUUUGGUGAAGAAUGGUGCAAAGUGGAAUUGAUUAAGAGAAUUGAGGCCAAGAAACAAACCAAGGAUUAUGAGAAUUUCAUAUGCAGAAUCACAUGUCUAUUUGCCUACACAAAGUUGAUUCCAGUCGUUUCGAGCGAAACGGUUGUGUCAGAGCUUUAUCCACUUAUUGAUGAAUUGAAAGAUGACCAUGUGCCAAACAUCAGAUUUAAUGUCGCGAAGUCACUGCUUGUUUUAGCAGAGAAGGUAAUCUCGAUUGAUCGUGAUUUCAUUGUAAGCAAAAUCAAGCCCACACUGGAGCUUCUUUGUUCAGACGAAGAUACUGAUGUUAAAUACUUUGCUGAAAGCAGUCUGGAUUCGGUCAAUGAGCUAUUGGGGAAAUAA